UCCAUCUUGGAACAUUUUAAUCAGUGUCGCAGUCGGAACCUUUAUACAGAUGUCAGGAUUAAAGUCCAGGAUCAAAUUUUCCAUUGUCAUAAAAUUCUUCUGGAUGCUUCCUGUCCCUAUUUCAAAUCGUCAUUUUCUUUCUCGGAACAUAAAGAAGAGCCAAAUAAUUUGAUAGAAAUAGGAGAUUUCAGUGCUGUUGCUUUUAAUGAAUUAUUGAAUUAUAUUUAUACAGCUCAGUUAACCAUAACUGCUGAUACGGUAGUAGAAAUAUUACAGUGUGCUGAUUUUCUGGGUUUUAGAAGUAUUGUUAAAUCAUGUAGCGGGUUUUUAUUGCAACAUAUCAACAGUGAAAAUUGCCUUAAAGCCUUUCAAAUGGCCGAUUGUUAUUCUUUACAUCAUUUAGCAGAGCAGACGUGGAAUUUCAUUUUGGAAAAUUUUGAUGCCGUCUCCCAGUCAGAAGAUUUCUGUGAAAUUACGUAUGCAUGUUUAUUGAAAAUAUUAUCUAGUGACUUUCUCAAAGUUUUUCUUGAGAUUGACUUAUUGUCUGUUAUUGAUAAAUGGGUAUCAUAUCAUUCUGAACGUAAAAAGCACCUGCAAGAUCUGAUCAAAUGUGUGCGCAUAGAACACUCAACCUUAUCAUCUUUGGAUCAUAAGAUUCUGUCAAGUGUGGAAUUUGAAAAGGAUGUGAAAAUAAAGCCACGAUUGAAUAAAGUGAUAGUACUGGUUAGCCGUGAUACAAAUCCUCUCCAUCCACGUAAUAGUGUUAAAUCUGAUAUUAUCUGGUAUAAUCAAGACUACAAAUGUUGGGAUACUCUAACAAGUUUUCCUUUUGAUCAUCGACAGUUAUAUGGAGUUGCUGUUGUCAAUAACAACAUAUAUAUCACAGGUGGCGUAGGCAAUGAAGUGCCUCUGUUCGAUACUAAUAAAAUUGUCUACAAUGAAUGCUGGGAAUUUAACGUCAAAUUAUCCAAAUGGAAAGAAAUAUUUCCUAUGAAUUUUGCAAGGUUUAAUCACGCUACCAGUGGAUUUCUUAACUCAGUUUUUGUUGUCGGGGUAAGAAUUAAUAAUUAUGAAGAUGCUCAAUAUUAUGAUCCUGAAGAUAACUCUUGGCAUGAGUUAUCUGCCCUGAGUAGACACAUACAAAGC